GAUGAAACUAGCGCAGCAGCAACAGCAGAAGACAACAUUCACAGAGUUCUUCUAGGCUCUCUGCACUACCCCGUACAUCGUAACACUGGGAAGAGAUGCGUAUUUCUUUGGAAUUGAAAUAAAUAUAAACAACAAGGAGAACAAAAUGGCCCCAAAUUCCAUCCACUGGUUCCGUAAAGGCCUGCGUCUCCAUGACAACCCGGCCCUGCUGCAGGCGGUCAAAGGAGCCGGCACUGUGCGCUGUGUCUACUUCCUGGACCCUUGGUUUGCAGGCUCGUCCAACGUCGGUGUCAACAGGUGGAGGUUUCUCCUUCAGUGUUUGGAGGAUCUUGAUGCCAACCUUAGGAAGCUCAACUCUCGCCUCUUUGUCAUCAGAGGCCAACCAGCCAACGUGUUCCCACGGCUCUUUAAGGAGUGGAAGAUCUCUCGCCUGACCUUUGAGUACGAUACGGAGCCGUUUGGGAAGGAGAGAGACGCUGCCAUCAAGAAGCUGGCCAUGGAGGCCGGGGUGGAGGUCAUCGUCAAGACGUCACACACCCUCUACGAUCUAGACAAGAUCAUAGAGCUGAAUCGCGGACAGCCUCCUCUCACCUACAAGCGUUUCCAGACUCUGAUCAGUCGAAUGGAUCCUCCUGAGAUGCCCGUGGAGACGCUGUCAGACGCCCUUAUGGGUCGCUGCGUCACCCCCGUCUCUGAGGACCACGGAGAAGAGUACGGGGUCCCGUCCCUGGAGGAGCUAGGCUUUGACACAGAGGGCCUGCCUACAGGCGUCUGGCCCGGAGGAGAGACCGAGGCUCUGACGAGGAUAGAGCGCCAUCUGGAGAGAAAGGCGUGGGUGGCUAACUUCGAGCGUCCCCGAAUGAACGCCAACUCGUUGCUCGCCAGCCUGACUGGCCUCAGCCCAUACCUGCGCUUCGGCUGCCUCUCCUGCCGCCUGUUCUACUUCAAGUUCACUGACCUCUACCGCAAGGUGAAAAAGAACAGCUCCCCUCCACUCUCCCUGUACGGCCAGCUACUGUGGCGAGAGUUCUUCUACACCACAGCAACCAACAACCCACGCUUCGACAAGAUGGAGGGAAACCCGAUCUGCAUGCGUAUCCCGUGGGACAAAAAUCCUGAAGCACUUGCCAAAUGGGCGGAAGCUAAGACAGGAUUUCCCUGGAUCGACGCUAUCAUGACUCAGCUGCGUCAGGAGGGCUGGAUCCAUCACCUGGCCCGGCACGCUGUGGCCUGCUUCCUCACGAGGGGCGACCUGUGGAUCAGCUGGGAGGAGGGGAUGAAGGUGUUUGAGGAGCUUCUCCUCGACGCAGACUGGAGCGUGAACGCAGGCAGCUGGAUGUGGCUGUCCUGCAGUUCAUUUUUCCAGCAGUUUUUCCAUUGCUACUGCCCCGUGGGCUUCGGCCGUCGGACCGACCCCAACGGGGACUUCAUUAAACGAUACUUACCUGUCCUCCGAGGUUUCCCUGCAAAGUACAUCUACGACCCGUGGAACGCUCCGGAGUCCGUGCAGGCCGCGGCCAAGUGCAUCAUCGGCGUCCAUUACCCCAAAGCCAUGGUGCAUCACGCAGAGGCGAGCCGACUCAACAUCGAGAGGAUGAAGCAGAUCUACCAGCAGCUGAGCCGAUACAGAGGACUGGGCCUGCUGGCAUCAGUCCCGUCCUCCAAUGGGAACGGGAAUGGAGGAAUGAUGGCCUACCCCCUCGGAGAGCAGCAGCCAGGGACCAACAACAACAAUUCACAUUUGCCUGGAGUGUCGGGGAGUUCGGUUGCAGCGAGUAACGGCAGCGGGAAUAUCCUGCACUUUCAAAAUGAAGAAGAAAUGGGGCCUAGCAGCAGACAACAACAACAACAACAACAACAACAACAGCAGCAUGGAUACCCCUCAGUGCCAGAAGCCAGCAGCCGACUCUACCACGAGUUCGCCGUGCCUCAACACCCAGGACUUCUGCACAGCAGAGGAAGCAUUACAGGAAAGAGGGAGCGUGAAUCGGAACGAGAAGGGUCGGGGGAGAGAGACCCGGCGUCCUGCUCCAUGCAGAAGAUGCAGAGGCAGAGUGCACAGACAACCUAGAGCAGCCGUUGAUGAUAAUGAGGAUUACUUUUAAAUCACCAUCCAACCAGCAGAGAGAGGAAAUCCCAACAUGGCCGCCCGUCCUCCAAACACACGCUGACAUCAGACACCUAAUCUCUGUCUUUAACGUCAGAAAUUCCCAGGGGUGCAAACGCAGAGGUGAAAAUGUGACUUUUGACACUUUUUCUAGAAGUCCAUUGAACUCUGACCUCUUGCAUACAGGUGUAAAGACACAACGGGACUGUGCAAAGUAACAAAACACCUCAAACUUGCACAGGAAAAAUGAUUUGUAAAUAUAUAAAUACAUUAUUGUCUUAAAACUGCUGCCACCAGUCAGUACUGUGUUAACUCUGAAGCAGCUAUACAUGUAAGUUAUAGACUUCAACUCUUGCAUAUACAGAUUUUUUCCAGAGACCUUUUUGUACUUUAACGAUCUAUCACCCUGUUCUACAUUCCUAUGGUUUCACAAUGAUUUGUUAUAGAAUUAUUCAGAUGUUCACACCUGUUAUAUUUCUGUGAUAUCUUUAUUUGAAUUUGCCCUUGAAAAUAAACUCACAUUCGCACCUCUUUGUUUCCCCCAGAAAUAUUGAGAGUUUCUAAAAGAUUCUUUAAACUGUGGGUUUUCUUCGGAAGUUUUUCCUUGUACGAUGUGAGGGUCUAAGGACAGAGGGUGUCGUAUUGUCAUACUGAUAUUUUGUACAAACUGUAAAGUCCACUGAGACAAAUGUAACAUUUGUGAUAUUGGGCUAUAUAAAUAAACAUUGAUUGAUUCUGUGUAUAGAAGAAAAUUGUAUAACUUUGGAGUAUCUCUGUGCAACACGUUCAACAACCAAAAACAUGUUGUGAUUAAUUUACGAGAGGAUGUGGAUGUAACUUCUAUCCAAUAACAUGAGGACAGAGAACAGUUUGCUGAAAACUCCUUUUAAAAUGUUUGUUUUUUUUCGAAGAUAUUUUAUAAAAACCAAAACGUGCUGUAUAACAAAUAAAAAAAGUUGACACAAAAAGAGAGAAACGACAUUCCUCAAAAACCACUGUACCCUCCUGAAGACUGCUACACAGGGAGUUUAUUUCUUAUGUAUUGCUUCUUGCAACAUUUUGCAGCCCAGAUUGUGAAAUUGUAAAUACAAAAUUUCAAAUAACUAACUUUUUCAGAGUGUCCACGAUCUCAUGAAACGAACGAUGUAAGCG